AUGGAUAGUGAUACAAUUGCUUUUGUGAAACAAGUUAGAAUCUUCACAUCUAGACUAGUGCAGUCACUAGUACAGUCUCGACUUGGACAUUUUACUCCGCAGACAUGUACACCUGCAACAUCUGAGCCAACUUCAGGUGUUUGGUUUGGCUGCAAUAUGGAUGAGCUUGGAGAAGUGUCGGCUUAUCUCAAAAAAGCAAUCAGCGAGUAUCCUCCACAAGGAACCGUCGCAAUCGAGUUUAUUUUGUACACCUCCGACGGCCAAUAUAUGCCUUUAGAAGCAUGGGUGAUUGGAAUUAAUGAGCUGGAAAUAUGCGAACCAUGCAAUGUGGACGCAUACCAUCAAAUGUCAACAUUGUUAAGAUCCGUGUCAGUUGCUGCUAGAAUGACGCCAAUGCACAGAAUGUUCGUCAAGAAACAAGAUGAGGAAUCAUUCAUCAUUCUCUACAAGGUACAUAACUCAAAAACUAUUUCAAGUAUGGGUCCGGGAAGUAAACAGAGAAGAUUGGGUAAUAUUGCGGUUGCCAACGGAAAUCUAUAUUUGGAUUUACACUACCGUAUGACAAUGCAUCUAGAUUUUGAAGAUCCCGACAAAAUUGAAUCUUUCAAUGCAUCAACAAUUUCUUUGAAAGAAACAAUUGCGGCAAUAAAAAAAGCAAAAGUGGAGGAUAUGAACACUAACUCUGUAAUAAACGAAGAGUUAACCGAUGAUGGCUCCAUGAGAUCCGGCUCUACUCAAAGACCCAAAUUUAUUUUAGGACAAUCGACGUCGAGUGAAGAGUCAAAAAAUUCAAUUGUUCGAAAUGUGUUGGAUUUGGAAGAAAAACCUUUUUUAGCUGAAUUAAGGAAUCAUUCAUUUCCAUUUGUCAGUCUUCUCCACUCUGCAUAUUUGACCGUGGGACAAAAGGACAAGUCGCCAUUUGAAAUAAAUAAUUUAACAGCAAAUAAUAGUCAAGUGGAGUCUGCUGAAAAUAUCCAGGAAGAAGCUGCAAAUGCUGCUUAUUUUUGUGAUGAGCCAACCACCGUGUCAUUCAUAUUCGCCUCACCUACUCAAGAAGAUAAUCAUGAAAUUGGAGAGUUAUUGAAACAAUUCAAGCUUGCUCCAGAUAUAUUGAAGCCGACCGCAUUCACGUACGACAUUUGCGCUAAUAUUGAACAAGAGCUGAAGCUACUUAGUUCACAUAAGGAUAAUUUCAAUUCGUUUGUUGAACAUAUUAAUAAAAUUACUGAUGAUUAUUGA